AGGACGGGCGCAUAGCCGUCGCACAGACACCCGAGGACAUUGCAGCCAUGCAAACCAUCGCUAUGAACCAGAUGCAACUGCGACAGGAGGAACAACGGUCAGCCGCCGCACAGAUUGAUACCGAACUUCUGAGGAUGAACUUAUCCUUGGCCGUCAGAAGGGCCGAUCUCUUGAGUUACUUUGUGCCUCAGGCGUGGACUAAGGGCCGAAACGUGACGGUGCUGCAGGGCAUUGAGCUGCUGCUUCUACUCGACCGGUUACUCACCAAGAGUCGCGUGCUAGUCCAUACCCUGGCCACCCACAAUGCGCUCGAGAACUACCUACAGCCGCGUUCAAGUGGUGCAGUGGUAUCGCACACCGCCGCGAUGGCGCCGGAGAUGGUGUACACGCUGUGCUGUGCGUUGCUGCGCAUACAGCAGUACGCAACAGCGCUGGACGUGUUCCGCCACCAUGUGGAGAGUGCGAAUGGGGCAGACCUCAUCGCAGUGACCAAUAGGAUUGCCGAGAUAUCUGCGUGUGAGGGCAUUGUGGACGAUCUGAUUGGGCUAUGUGAGCGCAACGAGUUGGCUGCGGACGAACCGUCACCGGGGUUGGUGGUGAAGGGGGUCGAGGUCUUGCAAGCACUCACGCGGCACGCAUUCAGCACCAACCCCGGCAGCACAGGUGCACACAGAGGAGUACAGGACACAGACACAGACCUAUCUCACACAGACGCUCACAAUGGGAAUACACUGACUGUGCGCACACACACACACGGGGCCAGCAAGAAUGCAGAUGCCAUGCGACGCACCCUAGAAACGGUUCGAGCUCAGUGCUUUGCCUUCGGUGCGGCAUUGGCGGUUUUGGGGGAGCACACGGACGAGCCCAAAGAGGAAAGUACCGAACUGUCGCACGCACUGGCGACCGCGGGUGGCGAAGGCGACGAUGCGCACGUGCGUGAUCUGGUGAGGCUGGAUGGUGACGAUGAAGACAGUAGUGGACAAUUAACCAGGAGCACCGACGCACAGGCGAGCACGUUUGAUGCGCUUGUGCGUACGAACUACGCGGUAUAUACGUUCGUGCAGGCGCAGCUGGGGGCCAUGAGCGGGAGUAGGGCACAGGACGGUAGUGGACAAUUAAACAGAAACGUGAUGCCCUCGCCUAUGAAUACCGACGGCGUAGAGGUGGGCGGUAGAGAUACACAGAGAGGUGGCGAUGCACACCACGGUGGGAGUACCGAACAUUUUGGGAGCUUGGAGUAUUACCUGAACACGCACACUCAGCUGGUAGAUACCUUGGUGACCGUUGCUAGGCAAGUAGGGGCUGGACAUGCGCCCCUGACGCAAACGGACAUGCGCGGCACUGUGCAAGAUGAGCUCAAGCGAAGGAAGGGCUUCUACGCACUUGUGCAAAGGAAUGCAACCCGUGCACACACAGACCCGCACGCAGACACAGACGCCGACAAUGACACCCACAUGCACACAGACGACUCCCACACGCACGCAGCAAGCCAGGCAGACACGCCAACUGACAUGGACAUCGACGACGAGCAUGAGGAUGUACACAACCAAUCGAGCGAACACGCGAUGGGUGAUGACGCUAUCGCCCAACUGGCGCGCGUGCACACCGCGUGCGAGGACGGGCUUAAGCACUUGCUGCAAAUGGCCGACGCAGACACCGACGGCGGCAGGGAAGGCCGCGCACACACACGCACAACACGCACAUACACGCACACGCACACGCUCGAGACAGCGCACGCACACGUACCACCGUCUCUGCUGGCGAAUACACAGGUACUGCAGGGCGAGUAUGUGCAGUUGGAGGGGAUGAGGCAGAGUGUGGCGACGUAUGCCAAUGAUGUGGAGCACUUGCAGGUGGCGCUGGGCGAGGCGCAGGCGGAUCUGGAGACCGAGCAGACGCGGAAUGAUAUGUAUGCCCAGAAACUCAAAGUAUGGGGUCGGUAG